AUGGAAAGUCCCCACUCUGUGAACAGUCCAAGACGAACUCUCAGUCUGUCAAAACAGCGGAGGGCAACUGUGUCCUUUUUUGACCCUGAUGACAAAACCUCUGGCUUCGGAUUGUCUGGCGAUCAUGGUCCUAAGCCUUCUGAAGUUUAUGGUUUUGUGGGUUCUAUUACCACGGUUGUUGCUACAGUUAUUUUCUUGAUAUGGGCAUAUGUUCCAGAAUCAUGGCUACAAUCCGCUGGCAUCUAUUACUAUCCUAGCAGAUACUGGGCUCUAGCUGUACCAGUUUAUGUGAUGGUGACCAUUGGAUUGAUGCUAGCCUUGUACAUUGGCCUUAACUUCAUUUCAACACCUUCCCCUGCAUCUUUAAACAUAGUUUUUGAUGAAUUCAGUAGAGAUCCUUCGAGUAACGAGUCUUCUCUAGAAGAAGAUGAGAAACCUAUUGAGCCCAUUUCAGAUAUUGGCAUUGACAGAAUAAAUGAUAUUAUGUUCAAUAAUGCAACCUAA